UCCGGGUACCGUACGUGCUGUGGCUGUCGAACCUUCACUCGUUAGGAGUUGAGAGAAAUCAGGAAGUCAGUAUAAGCAAAUAUUCGCUGCAGAGCUGUGCUGGCAUGCGUCUUAAUGACUUUUGAACUUCACGAUCUUCUUUUUAACUUUUGCUUUAUUUAUUUUUUAUUGCGCGCUACACGACUACUUAAGCAGUUAGAAUGCCUUACAACUUUGGACAAUGCGGACACUGACUUCUCAGCCUCUCUGGACAGCCCUGCCACACGGUAGCUCUGACGCCAGUGUUCCAGUGACUCAAACUAGGACCAGUUCCACAGACCUCCACCCCUAUACUCUUCCCAGUCCAGCCCAGUACUAAGAGGCAGAUGUCGUACUGGUCAGUAGGCCUCUCUCCGGCCACAGGGGAGACCGUGAGCAACAUGGAGGCACAAGAGGGUGUAGUGGAGGAUAUGGGAGCUAAGGUGUCAUUGCUAGGUGGGGGGGGCUCAGGCGUGGGUCUGGGUCCUUCCCCCACCCUGGAGAACAUCCAGGCCGCCUACGGGGGGGGCCAGACAGACGAGGCCAGGGAGAUGAUCCAGCAGGCCUGCUGCGUGCAGUGCAGCCCAGGAGGACCCAGGGUGGAGGGGGUGCGUCUCUUAUGCGUGGCUGCUCAGCAUGGUGACAUUGAGAGUGUGAGAUACCUCCUCCGUGAUGCCCGCGUGGCCAUGCCCCUGGAGCCCACAGAGCACCACCCUGCCAUCCAGGCUGCCCAGCACGGCCACGCCUGCCUGGUCAGGGAGCUGCUGGAUUCUGUACCUGGCCCAUGUCUCAGGAGGGAUCUGUUAAACUGGAUGCUGGCUACGGCAUGUCAGCAGGGUCAUUUAGAGGUGGUCCGUCUGCUUGUCCAGGAUUACCAUGCCGAUGCCGAUGACUGUGCAAUCCACAGUGAUGAGUUUGCUGUCAUCACAGGACUGCCUCUUUAUGCUGCUGCACGUGCAGGUAACAAAGAGAUAGCCAGCUUCCUGCUCCAGAAUGGUGCAGGCUUCUCCUCCUACACCCUAAUGGACCACCCAGUCUUCAGCAGAACACUUCUCAGACAGAGGCUGGAGGAGACCUCCCACACGGAGGAAGAGUGUCUCUGUGUGUGCUGGUCUGGUCUGAAGCUGCCCUGGCUGGAGCUGGACUGGUUCAUGGACCUGUCAUCUCGUAUCACCAAGCUGGACCUGUCGUCUAACUGCCUGGCCGCGCUGCCCUCUGUGGUUCCCUGGGGCUUGAUCCAGCUGCACACCCUGGACCUGUCAAACAACAACCUCAAAGACCUGCCCUCGGCACUCAGCUCUCAAGAGAUCAUCUGCUCCAAAUUGCAGCAAGUGAAUCUGUCUCAGAACCAGUUGACCAGCCUGCCAACAGGCCUGCUGCAUCUCACCAGGAUCCAGAGACUCUCUGCUAGCAAGAACCAGCUCACCUCCUUGUUCGACCUGUCUAAUGAUACUAACUGGAUAGGCCUGCGGAAGCUGGAGGAGUUGGACGUGUCUGACAACCUGCUGACCAGCUUGUCCACGACCAUCCUGCACUGCUUCAAGUCCCUCAACUCUCUCAACGUCUGCAGGAACAGACUCUCCUCCUUCCCUGACCCCUGGGCCUGUCCCCUGAAGAUCUGUCGAGCUUCCUUGAACUUGAUCGAGAGUCUUCCCAACACCAUCUCCAUUUUCUGGAAAACCCAGCUCCAAGAGGUGGAUUUCUCAGACAACGUCCUGAAGGAACUGCCUUCUUACAUAUUCGAGCUUGAGGCCCUGGUCUCCUUACGUCUGUGUGGGAAUCAGAUCUCCACCCUACCAGCACCCAGCAAAUGGAGGUGCUCUCUUCUCAGGACACUAGACCUCUCCAGAAACCAGCUGGGCAGAACUGAGGAGGUCACUAAAACCAGCAGGCUGGCGUUCCUAACCACGUGGCACCGCAGAGACCCCGACCCAGUGUGUCCUAUCGAGUUUCCAGUCAUUUUGCGGGAUUCACUGGAAGUGCUUAUCCUGAAUGACAACCAGCUGGAGUGUGUGCCUCAGUCUGUGUGCUGCCUGAAGAACCUUACAGAACUGUAUCUGUCCAAUAACCCAGCUAUCCGGGAGCUUCCUGCAGAGCUUGGCCAGCUGUCCAACCUAUGGCAGCUGGACAUCGAAGACCUCAACAUAACUAACGUUCCCCAGGAGAUCAGGAAGGAAGGUUCUGUGUCUGUGCUCACUCACCUCCGAGCGCACCUGCGAAAGGCAGAACCUUGCAAGCUGCUGAAGAUGAUUGUGAUUGGUCCCCCUCGCCAGGGGAAGACAGCCCUCCUGGAGGCGCUGCAGACGGGCAAGACGUCCCCCUUCACCCCCCCCGAACGCAGCAUCUCCACCUCCACCUGGGAGCUGGACAGACCCAACGGGAUUAAAGCUGGUACCAGCUCUGUAGUGUUCAACGUGUGGGACAUCGGCGGGCCAGCCAGCAUGUCCACGGUCAACCAGUGUUUCUUUACUGACCAGACCUUUUACCUGGUCACCUGGAACCUGGCCCUGGGCGAGGAAGCCGUGGCCAACCUGCAGAACUGGCUGCUCAACAUCGAGGCUCGGGCUCCUAACUCUGCUGUGGUUGUGGUGGGCACACAUCUGGACCUCAUUGACACCAAGUUCCGUACAGAGCGGGUCGCCACGCUGCGUGCCUACAUCCUGGCUCUCUGCCGCUCUCCAUCUGGCGCCCGGGCAACGGGGUACCCAGACGUUACCUGGAAACACCUGCACGAGGUGUCAUGUAAGACUCUGGAGGGUCUGGAUGGUCUAAAGAGGCUCGUCUACAACGUGGCCUGCACCAUGAAGCUGAGCAGCAGCUCUGCCAGUGGCCACAAGCUGCUGGGCAGACUGAUCCCGCGCAGCUACCUGGCCCUGCAGGAGGCCGUGAGAGCGGAGCACCAGAGACGCGACGCGGACGACGAGGUCCAGUACCUCACCGAGACCGAGCUGGACAGGAUCAUCGAGCAGAACCCAGGAAGUGACAUCAGAGACUAUGAGGACCUGCAGAGCGCCAUCAGCUUCCUGAUAGAGACAGGUACCCUGCUGCACUUCCCUGACACCAGCCACGGCCUGUGUAUGCUCUACUUCCUGUGUCCUGUCUGGCUGUCAGAGUGUCUGGAGAGAAUCAUCCAUCUGAGGAGCUCUCGCUCCGUGGCCAGGAACGGCGUCAUCCGGGCCGAAGACCUCCGGAUGCUGCUGGUGGGGACCGGCUUCACGCAGCACACCGAGGAGCAGUACUUCCAGUUUCUGUCCAAGUUUGAGAUAGCGCUGCCGGUGGCCAACAGCAGUUACUUGCUGCCCCACCUCCUGCCUCCCAAGCCUGCCAUGGACAUCCAUGGUUUCCGGCAGCAGACCAACAACACCUUGCAGAGGCUCUUCAAGAUGAGCUUUGUCCCUGCAGGCUUCUGGGAGCGCUUCAUAGCCAGGAUGCUGAUCAGCCUCACCCACAUGGACCUGCAGUCGUUUGAGCCGAAGAGGAACCCGAGGAGCGGGCGGGGCAGGAACACGGUGAUCUACAGCUUCGCUGGGACCCAGCAGAGGAGCCGCUGCAGCACCUUCAGAGUGCGCCGCAGCCAGACCAUCUACUGGAAGGAGGGGCUGCUGGUCACCUUUGACGGGGGCUACCUAAGCGUGGAGUCUUCCGACGUGAACUGGAAGAGAAAAAAAAGUGGAGGCAUUAAGAUUAUCUGCCAAUCAGAAACCAGGGAUUUCUCUGCCAUGGCCUUCAUCACGGAUCACGUCAACUCCCUCAUCGAGCAGUGGUUCCCUGCUCUGACUGCCAGCGAGAGUGACGGGAGCCCCCUGAUUGAGCAGUAUGCCCUGUGCCCCCUGUGUGUGUCCACGGCAUGCCAGGACCAGGACCAGGGCCAGGGCCAGGGCCAGCCCCCGGCCCUCAGCACCGGGGCGGGGGAAGCAGGAGGCGGGGAGGGAGAUGGAGUACACUACUUUAACAUGGAGAACUGUGUGUUGGCGGCGGUGGAGACGGACCACAUCAGCUGUCCCCAGCACCCCGAGACCCCCGUCCCCCUCCAGGAGCUGGUCCCUGAACUCUUCAUGACAGACUUCCCAUCACGCCUGUUCCUGGAGAAGACCCAUCUGGAGAGCACGGAGGAGGAGAAGGACAUCAUUGGCCAGGGAGGCAGUGGUACCGUCAUUUACAGGGCGCGUUACCGUGAGCAACCAGUCGCCAUCAAACGCUUCCACUUUAAGAAAUGCAGACAGCAGAACAUCAGCUGUGACACAGACACCAUGGUGAAGCACCUCCAGGCGGUGGACGCGUGUCGCAGCUUCUCAGAGUUCCGUCAGGAGGCCAGCAUGCUCCACUCCCUGCAGCACCCGUGCAUCGUGGCCCUGGUGGGCAUCAGCAUCCACCCGCUGUGCUUCGCCCUGCAGCUGGCCCCGCUGGGCAGCCUCAACACUGUCCUGGAGGAGAGGCACAGAGGCUCCAGGUACAUGCCCCUGGGUCACAUGCUCACCUUCAGAGUGGCCUAUCAGAUCGCGGCGGGGCUGGCCUACUUGCACAAGAAGAGCAUCAUCUUCUGUGACCUGAAGUCUGACAACAUCCUGGUGUGGUCCCUGGAGGUGUGCGACCCCGUCAACAUCAAACUGUCUGACUAUGGCAUCUCUCGCCAGUCCUUCCAUGAGGGGGCGCUGGGGGUGGAGGGCACCCCUGGGUACCAGGCUCCGGAGAUACGCCCAGGCAUAGUCUACGACGAGAAGGUAGACAUGUUCUCUUAUGGCAUGGUUCUGUAUGAGCUCCUGUCUGGGUGCAGGCCAGCUCUGGGUCACCAUCAGCUCCAGAUAGCUAAGAAGCUGUCCAAGGGCAUCAGGCCAGCUCUGGGCAGCCCUCAAGAGGUCCAGUUCCACUGUUUCCACAACCUGAUGAUGGAAUGCUGGGACACCAAGCCUGAGAAGAGGCCCCUGGCUGUGCAGUGUGUGAGGCAGAUGCAGCAGCCUAGUUUCCCCUGUUUGAGGUACCUGCUCUCCUGUGACACCCACUCCCAGCUCUUCCUGUCCCACCUGCAAGGACACAGCGCUGUCUUCUGGGACGGCGACAAGGACCACAGGAACUACAGUGUGGUGAACAUGGAGAAGGGUCAGGUGGAGGUGAAGAGGAUGGCGUGUCCAGGAAGUCAACUCAGCUGUCAGAUGAAAAUGAACAACACACUCUGGAUCGCCACCGAGGAGCAGGAGGUGUUUAUCUACAGCCUGAAGGAGAUGUGCCCCCUGAGCCAGCCCCAGAAGCAGCUGUGCUUCCCGGCCAUCGUCACCUGCCUGUUCCCUGUGCCUGCCAGUGCCCAGAACCUAGCCCGUGUGUUUGUGGGCAUGUCAGAUGGGCUGGUGGCAGUGUAUACCUUGGUGGAGGACAUGCCCAUAGAAGGGGACACCUAUCUGUGCUCCCACACCAUCAACAGGACAGUGUUUGGCCUGGAGGACUCAGACCCCAGACAGAGGCCCUACCCUGUCAGGACCAUGGUUCUGGUCUGCAGCGGCUCCCAGCUGUGGUACUCGAACGGGCCGGGGGUCCUGGUCCUGGACUGCCAGAGCCUGCAGCCUCUGCAGCGCCUGGAGCCCUACAGGCCGCCGUCCUGUGUGACAGCCCUGGCCUCCAGCCUGUGUGUGUGGGGGGAGGAGGCCGUGUGGGCCCUGGACGACCACAGCAACACCCUGCUGCUCUACCACGCUGCCAGCUACCAGCUCUGUGCCACGUACAGCUGCGGCGACACCAACCCUCUCCGUGACGUCUUUACUGUGCAGAGGCCUGGUGGGGCUACCAUGGCAACGACCCCUGACGUUGAAUUCGAGUUGCCAGUUGCCGAGGAGACAGAGCCAGAAUGGCUUACCGGGGAAGUGACCCUGAUCUACAGCGAGGAGGCGGGGACCCAGAUAAUCCAGCACCAGGAUUCGCUGACAGACUACUGCUCCAUGACCUCUGACUCCGCCCUUUCAUCUGAGCUGCAGGGAUUGGACAGGUCCAGCUCCGGAGCCCUGAGCUCAUUGGCCAGCUCCAUCAGCAUGCCUCUCUCUACAGACUACGAGGAGACAGACAGGACACCGGACCUCAAACCUGGCACCCUGACUGAGACCGACCACCCUGACACUGGUCACCAGCCUGACCACCCAGAGACGGACACAGCUGAGACUGAGCCCUGUGUUAAAGCCACAGCUCCUCCCCUGCAGGCCUUCAAUGUGCUGACUCUGAAUGGAACUGUGUGGAUCCCCAGGCGUGGCGGGGACGUGAUGGUGAUUGAGGUGCAGCAGCAAGCAGACGGGCUCAGGGGGCGUGUUAUUGCCGUGCUCCGCCCACCAGGAAACUCCUCCUACGGAGUCCUAGAGGAGGCAGCGCUGGUAGCAAAGGACACUGUUGUGUGUGGCUUUCGCAAGGAAAACAGCGAGUGGUGCCUGUGUGUCUGGAGGGGCUGGGGCUCGCGCGAGCUGGAAGUCUUCUACCAGUCCUACGAAGAGCUGGGCCGCUUGGAGAUCGGCUUGAGAAAAAGAAGGUAGCCGUUGUGCUGCGGAGGGGCGCAGAAUCGCAGCUCUGUGCUGAGGCCGAGGGGGAAUAAGCUCUGACUGGCCCCCAGUGUUCAGGGCCAGGGAGGGCUGCAGAGCUCUGACAUCAGAGCAACGUGCGAGAUGCGAUGGGAGGCUAGCUCCUAUUGGCCGUCACAGACCCUCAUUGGAACUUUUGGCCUCGUUAGAAGCACCUGAGUGACACCCAAACACUAGGCUGAGGACGCUGACUGAUCAACACACAUGUUGUGACUUUGCAAAACAGGUCUGUCCCACUAAGACGCGUUUAUAUGAGAACCUUGUUCACAUCAAAUGCUCUUUUUUAUGGAUUUUAUUGUUUUAGUUAUACUCUUGAAUGUACUACUGUAUACUUAUCAAACCAGCUUGAAAAGCUUUUCCUGUAUAUAUUAUUAAAGUUCCAAGGAUUUUAAUUUAUUGUUUUCAGAAAUGCUUGCUGCAUGUGUAAAUAGAAUUUGUAAAGUAUUAUGACAAUAAAUAUAGUUCUCAAAAUCA